ACCCCCCCUUUGAAUCCAAAUCUUCAAACCAUUUCACAACUACAUCCUCAACUGCUUCAGAUCCAAUUCUGAACUCCUUUUUAGCAAUUUCUUUAACUUCUUUUUCUUCUCUGGGUUGUCUUGUUCUUGAGCUUAAUCUUGUUUGGUUUCUAGAAUGGACGAAAUUGAUGUUCCCCCAUUUUUCAUCUGCCCCAUCUCUCUUGAGAUCAUGAAGGAUCCCGUCACGCUUUCCACUGGGAUUACGUACGACAGGGAGAGCAUCGAGAAGUGGUUGUUUUCAGGGAAGAACACCACAUGUCCGGUUACAAAGCAAGUUAUUGCAGAUUGUGAGCUUACCCCAAACCACACCCUCAGGAGAUUGCUUCAAUCUUGGUGCAUGUUAAACGCUUCCCUUGGAAUCGAAAGGAUCCCGACCCCAAAGCCACCCAUCAGCAAGGCUCAGAUUGUCAAGCUUCUCAUCGAUGCCAAGUCACCGCAGCAACAGAUCAAGUGUCUCGACACUCUUAAAUCAAUCGCAGCCGAGAAUGCUACUAACAAAAGGUGCAUGGAAUCAUCCGGCGCAGUUGAGUUCUUGGCUUCUAUUGUCUGUAAUUACGACCCUACAGCCACCGAAGAAUCAUUAGAUUACGAGUUCGACUCAAUAAAACCGAUUGAUGAAGCUUUAAGCAUUCUGUACAGUCUCCAACUCUCAGAAGCUUCUCUCAAGAACCUUAUGGGCAAAAACGGUGAUCUUAUUUUGUCCUUAACCAGGGUAAUGCAACGUGGAAGCUAUGAGUCUCGGGCUUAUGCAGUAUUGUUGUUGAAAUCAAUGGCGGAAAUAGCUGAUCCGAUGCAACUCAUCAACUUCAGACCCCAACUAUUCAUCGAAUUAGUUCAGGUUUUGCAUGAUCAGAUCUCAAAGCAAGCCUCAAAAGCUACACUACAAUUGCUGGUAAGCAUUUGUCCAUGGGGAAGAAACAAGAUUAAGGCAGCCGAAGCCGGCGUCGUACCCGUCUUGAUAGACUUGCUUCUUGAUUCAUCAUCGGAGAGAAGGGCUUGCGAGAUGAUACUAACGGUGCUGGACGCAGUAUGCGGAUGCGCGGAAGGCCGGUCCGAGCUGCUAAAGCAUGGGGCAGGGCUUGCCAUUGUUUCAAAGAAGAUACUUAGGGUUUCACAGGUAGCAAGUGAAAGGGCAGUGAGGAUUUUGCUGUCCAUUGCCAAGUUCUGUGCCACCAGUAAGGUUCUUCAAGAAAUGCAGCAACUUGGGGUGGUGGCUAAAUUGUGCUUGGUGCUUCAACUGGACUGUGGAUCCAAGACUAAAGAGAAGGCGAGAGAGGUGCUCAAAUUGCAUGCUAGAGUCUGGAAGAACUCUCCUUGCAUGCCAACCAAUCUCAUCUCUUCUUAUCCAGCUUGAUCACAAGGACAAAAUUAGAUAGAUUCAAGAGUUUAGUAUUUUCCCCUCAGUAUUUAUACCCAUAAUUAUUGUGUACAUAAUUCUUCAUUGAUCGAAUUACAAAUGUAGCAACAGCAAUUACAUUCAUGGGCAAAAAGCUACUGCCCUUACAAAUUCAAUAACAUACAUGCGACAAAUUGUUGAUUAACUCAAA